AUGGAAAUGAAGGGAAGCGAGGGCGGGAAAAAGCUCAUCCCGACACAGCGCAUUGGAGUCGGCCUGGCGGUAUCUGAUGGAGAUGCUGAUUCCUUGCUGGUAUUAGCAGAAGGAACUGGUGAUUUUGAGCAGAUCCCUGAGUUAAACAGCUCUGGCAGCCGGGGUAGUAAUAACAGUGUCAACAGUCUGCCGUGCACUCAGAGUGUCACUCCCUCCGUGGGGCAUUCCGUGGCCCGCUGGGCUGAGUCCUUUGAGACGCUGCUACAGGACCAGCUUGGUGUUGCAUACUUCACUGAGUUUCUGAAAAAGGAAUUUAGUGCUGAGAAUGUAUAUUUCUGGCAAGCAUGUGAACAAUUUCAGCAGAUACCAGCUAACAGCACCCAAAAGCUGGCUCAGGAAGCUAGGAAGAUCUAUGAUGAGUUUCUGUCAAGUCAUUCAAUAAACCCAGUGAACAUUGACAAACAGGCCUGGAUUGGUGAGGAGGUGUUGUCCACCCCCACUCCUGACAUGUUUCAUGUCCAGCAACUGCAGAUUUUCAACCUGAUGAAAUUUGACAGCUACGCACGUUUUGUCAAGUCUGCAUUGUACCAAGCAUGUGCAAAGGCGGACAGCCAAGGGCAGCCCUUGCCAGAACUGAGAUCCAGCUCUCAGUCUGGCAGCCCACCCACCGAACAUAGCAAGAAAACAAAACUAAAGGCAGGGAAAUCGCUACCGUUAGGAGUGGAGGUAGCUGGUAACCUGGCUGGGAGGAGUCCUCGGAGAUCCUUUCGGAAAGGAGACCGGAGGGACCGUCCCUGGGGAGAGGAGAGAAAUGGUGGUGAGGGACCAACCCCCUGGCGUGAAUCCCAAGGCUCUUUGAAUUCUUCAGCUAGUCUGGACCUGGGCUUCCUAUCUUAUGCAACCAGUGGCUUGCAGGCAGAGAACCACAGGAAGAGUCUGACUGGCUCAGAAUCUGACAGUCAGAAUCAUCCCAUUAAAUAUUGUUGCAUUUAUCUGCCUGAUGGGACUGCAUCUCUGGCCCCAGUACGUUCUGGCCUCUCUAUCCAGGAGAUGUUGGCUGGAGUUUGUCAGCGUCGUGGCCUCAAUUUACCUGAUGUAAAGAUCUACCUUAUGGGAAGUGAAAAGAAGCCGCUGGCAUUGAAUCAGGACAGUUUAGUACUGAUGGACCAGGAGGUGAAGCUGGAGACCAGGGUCAACUUUGAGCUGCACAUUAUACCUAUCAAUAAGACAGUCCGCAUUCUGGCAAAAUCGACUAAAACCUUGCAAGAAGCAUUGCAGCCCAUCUUGGAGAAAUACAGUCUUGAUAUUAAACAAGUGUCACUCAAACGGUCUGGGGAACUCCAAACUUUGAAGUUGGAAGAGAAGGUUUGUGCAGUGGCUGCUCAGAAGCUUGUUCUAGAUUCAGAUGCAGGGCUACUGGAACUGCUGAAUCGUGCACAGAACUGCAGGGUCAAUGACCAGCGUGGGCUACUGUCCAAGGAGGAUCUAAUACUGCCUGAUUUCCUUCAGGUGCCUGAACAAGUUGGCGUCACCUGCACAAGCCAUUCCCCAUCCAGCUCUGCCACUGCGAAUUGCACCCUCAAGGCAGCCGAUGCUGACACCUCUCAGCGUCAAUCAAAGGGGCAGUCACAACCCCAGGUUUCUUCUUCUUCACCGCUGCAAAUAGCAACUUCGUCAUCAUCGGCUGCUGCUGGGAAAUCUGACCUGUGAUCUACUCCAUGAGAACCCCAGCCCACCCUAGGCCCUCAAUUGUAUGUUUUUUUUUGCCGUGAAACCAGGCCUUUCCUGUUUGAUAUCUGUUCUAGUAUCAUGAUCUGCCUCUCACAGACUUGUUCCCCUGGUCUAGGUGGAAGCCUGGCUAGACCCCAUCUAGCUCUUGGGACUCUCCGGCUGUCUUCAGGAAUGGACAUGUGUACUCCUAAUGUUCUGGCCGACUUUCACUAACUGCCCAUGCUGGCUGGGCAGCAGGGCACCAGUAUUACUUACUUGCUGUACCAAACUAUUGUACGGUGUUGCUCUAUGUUGUAAAACAACUGCCAAUGGCUGCUCCAGUGGCAACUACAAUCCUGUGGCUAGUGGUGAUGCUGCCUGUAUAUAGUUUGUAAUUUUCGGUUUCUGUAAAAUGUAAGAUA